CCAUGACAAGCACAGGUCCUUGCAAAGACAUCGGCCGACUCCUUUGCGCCGAAAGAUCACAGUGAGCAGCCUUCGACCAUGACUGCCCAGCGUAUGGUCGUGCGGCCCCUCCGCUCAGCCGCGAGGGCCGUGAGCCAGGCACAGCGGUCGAGGGGAACCACUUCGCGAGCAUUUGCGACGACGAUAUGCAGCCGGAAAGAGGUGGCCGUGGACACAUCCGCCAUCCCGAAUAUGCGACACGCGCAGAGAGAGACGAUCGGCAAACUGGAAGCGCCCAUUGUCAAUCCGAAUGACAGACAUCAAGAGAAGGCCGAAAGCCUACACCAAUACGGGCAGUAUCUGCUGUCUUGCCUACCCAAAUACAUCCAGCAAUUCUCCGUCUGGAAGGAUGAACUCACCAUCUACAUUCCCCCGGCCGGUGUCCUUCCCACCAUCAGCUUCCUCAAAUACCACACUGCUGCCGAGUUCACCCAAGUGAGCGACAUCACCGCCGUCGACUACCCUACUCGUGACGCCCGCUUCGAAGUGGUAUACAACCUCCUCUCCGUCCGCCACAAUGCCCGUAUCCGGGUGAAGACGUAUGCCGACGAAGCCACGCCGGUCCCCUCGAUCUGUGACCUCUACGAUGGCGCCAACUGGUACGAGCGAGAGGUAUACGACUUGUUCGGCGUCUUCUUCACCGGCCACCCCGAUUUGAGACGAAUCAUGACGGAUUAUGGGUUCGAUGGACAUCCGUUGAGAAAAGACUUUCCCCUCACCGGCUACACGGAGAUUAGAUAUGAUGAGGAAAAGAAGCGGAUAGUUGUCGAGCCUCUGGAGCUGACGCAGGCCUUCCGGAACUUUGAGGGUGGCAGCGCAGCUUGGGAGCAAGUUGGACCAGGUCAGGACCGAAAGCCGGAGACUGUAAGUUUUCUUCGAUAGCCCCUCGGAUGCCAUUUCCCAGAGGAAGAUGUUUGCUGACACCAUCCGUAGUUCAAAUUGCCUACGCCUAAGCCUGAGCCGCCGAAGGAGGAGGAAAAGAAGAAGUAGAGCAUGCAGCGUAGAGAUAUAUCUGUACAUAUCUUGCUCCAGUCAGUUCAUCGCAACCAU